GGCGGGGCGGGGCGAGGCGGGGCGGCGGGGCACAGAGAGGGCUCUUUAUGCGGCGGGAAGCUGGCCGCGUUUGGAGCUGCGGGCGGCUGCAGGGAGAGCGCGGAGCUAUCCCGGCGGGGGCACGGCGGGCGGGGGGUGGAAGGGAGGUGAGGCAAAGCGGCAGCAGCAGCAGCAGCAGCAGCAGCAGCAGCAGCAGCAGGAGGAAGGCACGGAGGAAGACGGAGCCGCGGGCGGAGCGCUGCUGCUAUUGUUCCGCACCUGCCGCCGGCCGGGACACGUGGCGCCGCUGAGCACCGCACCUCGCUUGCACCCGCGGGCCCCGCACGCAGCCGCCCGGCACCAUGGGCAAGGGGGCUGGAAGAGACAAGUAUGAGCCUACUGCUACAUCAGAGCAUGGCAUGAAGAAGAAAAAGGGGAAGGAGAGAGACAUGGAUGAGCUGAAAAAAGAGGUCUCAAUGGAUGACCACAAGCUGAGCCUUGAUGAACUUCAUCGUAAAUAUGGAACAGACUUGAAUCGAGGUUUGACACCUGCACGUGCAGCUGAGAUUUUGGCUCGUGAUGGCCCAAAUGCCCUCACCCCACCACCAACCACUCCUGAAUGGGUAAAGUUCUGUCGGCAGCUCUUUGGAGGAUUCUCGCUCCUGCUGUGGAUUGGCGCUAUUCUGUGUUUUCUGGCUUAUGGCAUACAAAGUGCAAUGGAGGAGGAGCCCAAUAAUGAUAAUCUAUACCUCGGUAUUGUGUUGGCAGCUGUGGUUAUCAUUACUGGCUGUUUCUCUUACUACCAAGAAGCAAAAAGUUCCAAGAUCAUGGAAUCCUUCAAGAACAUGGUGCCUCAGCAAGCUCUUGUAGUCAGAAAUGGUGAGAAGAUGAGCAUAAAUGCUGAAGGUGUUGUAGUUGGAGAUCUGGUGGAGGUGAAAGGAGGAGACAGAAUUCCAGCUGACCUUCGGAUCAUAUCUGCUCAUGGUUGCAAGGUGGACAACUCCUCUCUCACUGGGGAAUCAGAGCCUCAGACCAGGUCUCCAGACUUCACCAAUGAGAACCCACUGGAGACCAGGAACAUUGCCUUCUUUUCUACCAACUGUGUAGAAGGCACUGCCCGUGGCAUUGUCAUUAGCACUGGGGACCGCACUGUGAUGGGCCGUAUAGCAUGUCUGGCUUCUGGACUGGAAGGUGGGAAAACUCCCAUUGCCAUGGAGAUUGAGCACUUUAUCCACCUCAUCACUGGAGUAGCUGUGUUCCUGGGUGUCACCUUCUCCAUCCUCUCGCUCAUCCUUGAGUACACUUGGCUGGAGGCUGUAAUCUUCCUCAUUGGGAUCAUUGUUGCCAAUGUCCCCGAGGGACUACUUGCAACAGUCACGGUAUGUCUGACGCUAACAGCCAAGCGUAUGGCUCGUAAGAACUGCUUGGUAAAGAACCUGGAAGCUGUGGAAACCCUGGGCUCCACAUCAACCAUCUGUUCUGACAAAACAGGCACUCUGACGCAGAACCGCAUGACAGUUGCGCACAUGUGGUUCGACAAUCAGAUUCAUGAGGCUGAUACUACAGAGAACCAGAGUGGUGCUUCCUUUGACAAGAGUUCAGCCACUUGGACUGCCUUGUCCAGAGUUGCAGGUCUCUGCAACCGUGCUGUGUUUCAAGCCAACCAGGAGAAUGUGCCUAUUCUUAAGAGGGCAGUGGCAGGAGAUGCUUCCGAGUCUGCCCUUCUAAAAUGCAUUGAACUGUGCUGUGGCUCUGUCAAGGAGAUGAGAGAAAGGUACCCUAAAGUGGUGGAAAUACCAUUUAACUCUACUAACAAGUACCAGCUGUCUAUCCACAAGAAUGCAAAUCCAGCAGAAUCCCGUUACUUGCUGGUGAUGAAAGGAGCCCCAGAGAGGAUCUUGGAUCGCUGCAACUCCAUUCUCAUUCAUGGCAAAGAGCAACCACUGGAUGAGGAAACAAAAGAUGCUUUUCAGAAUGCGUACCUUGAGUUGGGAGGCCUUGGAGAAAGAGUGUUAGGCUUCUGUCACUUGGCUCUACCUGAUGAUAAGUUUCCUGAAGGCUUCCAGUUUGAUGCAGAUGAAGUAAACUUUCCUGUGGAGAACCUCUGCUUUGUAGGACUGAUGUCUAUGAUAGACCCUCCUCGUGCUGCUGUGCCAGAUGCUGUUGGCAAAUGCAGAAGUGCUGGAAUCAAGGUUAUCAUGGUUACUGGAGACCAUCCGAUCACUGCCAAAGCCAUUGCCAAGGGUGUCGGCAUCAUCUCUGAGGGCAAUGAAACAGUAGAAGAUAUUGCUGCUCGGCUCAACAUUCCUGUCAGCCAGGUCAACCCUAGGGAUGCGAAGGCCUGUGUUGUUCAUGGCUCAGAUCUGAAAGAUAUGACUAGUGAGCAACUGGAUGAAAUCCUGACUCAUCAUACAGAAAUUGUCUUUGCCAGGACAUCUCCUCAGCAGAAGCUUAUAAUUGUGGAAGGCUGCCAGCGACAGGGUGCAAUCGUAGCAGUCACAGGUGAUGGUGUAAAUGAUUCCCCAGCCCUGAAGAAGGCAGACAUUGGUGUUGCUAUGGGUAUUGCUGGCUCGGAUGUCUCCAAGCAGGCAGCUGACAUGAUUCUGCUGGAUGAUAACUUUGCCUCCAUUGUCACUGGGGUUGAAGAAGGUCGUCUGAUCUUUGAUAACCUGAAGAAGUCCAUUGCUUACACCUUGACCAGUAACAUUCCUGAGAUCACACCUUUCCUGAUCUUCAUUAUUGCAAAUAUACCCCUUCCACUGGGAACGGUCACUAUCCUCUGCAUUGACUUGGGCACUGACAUGGUUCCUGCUAUCUCCCUGGCAUACGAGCAAGCAGAGAGUGACAUCAUGAAGAGGCAGCCCAGAAAUCCCAAAACGGACAAGCUGGUGAAUGAAAGGCUGAUCAGCAUGGCCUAUGGGCAGAUCGGUAUGAUCCAGGCCCUUGGAGGUUUCUUCACCUAUUUUGUAAUCAUGGCAGAGAAUGGGUUCUGGCCUUCUGGCUUGCUAGGGCUCAGAGUUCAAUGGGAUGACCGGUGGAUUAAUGAUGUGGAAGACAGCUAUGGGCAGCAAUGGACUUACGAACAGAGGAAGAUUGUGGAAUUCACUUGCCAUACAGCCUUCUUUGUCAGCAUUGUGGUUGUGCAGUGGGCAGACUUGAUCAUUUGUAAGACCCGAAGGAACUCUGUCUUCCAGCAGGGGAUGAAGAACAAGAUUUUAAUAUUUGGUCUCUUUGAGGAGACUGCUCUAGCUGCCUUCCUCUCCUACUGUCCUGGAAUGGAUGUUGCUCUAAGGAUGUAUCCCCUCAAACCGACCUGGUGGUUCUGUGCCUUCCCGUACUCCCUCCUCAUAUUCCUGUAUGAUGAAAUAAGAAAGCUGAUCAUCAGACGCAACCCUGGUGGUUGGGUGGAAAAAGAGACUUACUACUAAAAAGCAACUGUAAAACAUUCCACGCACAGCCCACCACCACCUCUCCGCCAUCUCCCCUGUGUGCGUACUUCAUCUUUGCGAGCGCAGAAUUGUGCCUGGGCAGGAAUGAGCUGAAACUGAAGGAAACAUGAAGAAGCAUGGACUGGAGGAGAAAGCAAGGGGGAGGGGGGGAGGGAGAGUCUGACCAUCAGUCCAUGGGGAUGAGAGAUUGAGUAGUUUUUAUGUGCCUUUUUGUUUUUGUAAAAGGAAAGAAACUGAAGAUUUUAUAUGUGGAUUUUUACAAAUAAAGAUGGAUUAUAAGAGGAUGCCCCCA